ACAGGAAAAGAAACUGCAAAAGGAAAAGAUGCAGGGCGACGAAAACGAAGAAGGAGACGCAAUAUUGAGAUUUCCGCAACUGUGGCCGAGAAUUCUGAUCUUUCCGAUGACUCGUUCACGGAAUCAGAGGAUAUCGAGGUUUUGAUUCCAGAAGAACUUAGAGAAUACGCAGAAAAGAUUAUUAUUGGGAAGCUUUCACGUUUUGGAUUUGGACGAUCCCUCAGACUGAGCAAGUUAGGCUUCUAUUGUGUUGCGAUGGCCUAUGUAGCAAGUGUUCCCAAUUUCAUGAUGUUCAAUUAUGCCGUCCGCAGGCUGGGAUUUUCUUUCAUCUUUCCGUUCAUUUGCUGUAUGAUUUUUAUCGGAUUCCCAAUAACCUACCUAGAGUUAACUUUGGGACAAUACACUCAAGGAACUGCGCUCACAAUAUUUGAUCGUAUCGCACCGAUCAGUUUCGGUGUUGGUGUGUCGGCCACUAUACUACUUAUGGUGAGCACAAUAAUUGACAACGACAUAAUGGCACGCAUGUUCCUGACUUUCUCAAAUUCGCUGGACAUAUUCGGCACUGAACCAGAUUGGUACGACUUGCGCCGGAAC